AUGGCGGCUCCUGCAAUAGAGUCAGUGCAGUGCUUUGGCCGCAAGAAAACCGCGGUGGCCGUGACCUACUGCAAGCGCGGGCGAGGCCUGAUCAAGAUCAAUGGCUGCCCAAUCGAGCUCGUCGAGCCGGAGAUCCUCCGCUUCAAGGCCUACGAGCCUAUUCUCCUCCUGGGGACGACACCGUUUCGCUGGAGUCGACAUGCGCAUUCGCGUCAAGGGUGGUGGUCACACCUCUCAGAUCUACGCCAUUCGCCAGAGCAUAGCCAAAGCUCUGGUCGCUUUUUACCAAAAAUUUGUCGAUGA